AUGCCUGCCACAACUGCAGAGACACUGUCUCUGGUAAAUCGGACGGUGUCCGUGGCACCAAUGGUUCUUUUAUCAGCAGCAGACCAUUACGGUAGAUCAGCAAAGGGCACGAGAAAGAGAGUAGUUGGUGUGCUGCUAGGACAGAACGAUGGCAAAAACGUGAGGGUAUCAAACAGCUUUGCAGUACCCUUCGAAGAGGAUGAGAAAGACCCGUCAGUCUGGUUUCUUGAUCACAACUAUGUCGAAUCGAUGCGAGAGAUGUUCAAAAAGGUCAACGCACGUGAGAGACUGAUCGGGUGGUACCACUCUGGACCCAAGCUUCGUGCAUCUGACCUACAGAUCAACGAGCUCUUCAAGCGAUAUACACCUAAUCCUCUACUCGUGAUCAUUGACGUACAGCCCAAAGAGGUGGGCGUACCAACAGAUGCCUAUUUCGCCAUCGAGGAGAUCAAGGACGAUGGUACCACUACCUCAAAGACCUUCGUGCACACGCCAUCCACAAUUGAGGCGGAAGAAGCUGAAGAGAUCGGCGUUGAGCACUUGCUGAGAGACAUUCGUGAUGUGGCAGUCGGCACACUCUCCGCCAGAAUUACUUCGCAACUGCAGUCUUUGCAAGGCCUACACCUGCGGUUACGCGACAUUGGUGCCUAUCUGCAGAAAGUUCUGGAUGGCGAGCUGCCAGUGAACCAUGCUAUUCUUGGCAAUUUGCAGGACAUCUUUAACCUCCUACCGAACCUGACUACAUCUCCAGCUUCCAAACCAAUGGGUGAAGAACAAGUACAAAACAGUGAGCUUGCGAAGUCGAUGAAUGUGAAGACCAAUGAUCAGUUGAUGACCAUAUACUUGAGCUCUUUAGUUCGGGCUAUCACGGCGUUUCACGACCUCAUUGACAACAAGAUUCAAAAUAGACAGCAGCAGGAGGAGAAUGAGGGCAAGAAAGAGGAUGCUGACAAGGACGGCGAGAAGGACGAGAAGAAGGCCAAUGGCACGGUGAAUGGCGAAGCAGAAAAAGACAAGAAGACGACAGAAGACUCGAAAGACAAAGAUAAGAAGAAAUCCUGA